UCGGGAUCUGCCAAGUACGACGCACAAGGCUGAAGCAUAACAGUGAAUCAUGGCAGUGCAGGUGCGGUUGGCGGUGGCGGCAUUAGUCACCCUGCUGGUGGCGACGGCGGAGGUUGCGGCCACGGAGGCGAAUGUCGAGUUAAAAGACAAUGGCUACGAGGGAGUCUUGGUGGCCAUCGCGCCCUCGGUGGAUGAGUCUUACGCUGGAGACGUCAUCGCCUCGAUCAAAAGGACAAUCAGCGACGCCUCCGAGGUGCUGUUCAAGGCUACUCAGCAGAGGGCCUUCUUCAGAGACGUCAAGAUCCUCCUCCCGAAGACCUGGACGAAGACGCCCUCUGACGCAGUCGCCCUCAACGAGAACUUCGACGAGAGCGACAUCAGAGUGGACGUCGGCACGGGAGUCUACGGCAACCAACCACACACAGAGCAGCCCGGAGGUUGCGGCGAUCCUGGCCUGUACAUUCACCUUACUCCUGAAUACCUGGUCGAUGACAAGGUCUCAGGCGUCUGGGGACCAAGAAGCAAGGUUUUGGUUCAUGAGUGGGCCAAGCUGCGGUGGGGCGUGUUCGAUGAAUUUGGUUAUCCGAAUGAUGAGAUUUAUCCCCUCUUCUACGCAUCACAAAAUAUCGUUGAAGGCAAUGUCGAAGUCAUCGUUCACCCGAACUACUGUGCCAACGAAGUGCUAUCGGGAAAUUUUAGAGACAUCACGGGGUCGGCUUGCUCCUACGUUGGCGAUCUCCCAGACAAGAACUGCCGCUUCAUUCCUGACGAUGACCAAGCCGCCGUCUCUUCGCUCAUGUCCCUCUAUUACAUCGCAAACGUCGAGGAGUUCUGCAGUGAAACGAAGCGUCACAACUUUCUGGCACCAAACAAGCAUAACAAUAAAUGUGAUCGCCGUUCCGUGUGGUCGAUAAUCAAGAUGCAUCCCGAUUUCAAAGACGACAACAACCCACAAACACAGACCGCAUCGCCGACCAAAUUCACAGUGCUGCGUCAGGAGGAGGCCAAAUUCGCUCUGGUCCUCGACUACUCCUUCAGUAUGAGGGAUUACGACAGGAUUAAGAAGCUCCAGUCGACGGCUAGACGCUGGAUCCUUCACGAGGUGGCUGAGGGCAGCUCCGUGGGCAUCAUCAAGUUCGGUGGGACGGCGAGGGUAGAAGCUCCCCUUACAGUGAUAGAGGGUGAAGCGUCUCGAAAAAGGCUAGCCGACCUCGUAGACACGAAUCUGAGGUCGGCCACCAGCAUAGGAGCAGGGCUGUCUCUCGCCAUGAACGAGAUGCUUAAUAGAGAAAAGAACGCGGUGAUUUUGCUCAUUACUGACGGCGAAGAAAACACGUCUCCUUACAUUCGUGACAUCGAGGACCAGUUGGCGGCAUCUGGCAUCCGAGUUGUUACUAUCGCUUUCGGUGCAACAGCAGACCAGCAACUGGAGAGCAUUGCGCAGCAGACAGAUGGAAAAACGUAUACAGUAUUUGAUACAGACAGCGGAAGCCAGCUCCUCGAUGCCUUCCUUGGGGCGCUCACAUACCAGCCUGGAGAUACCGUGGCUGAUACCAAAAUCAAGAUACAUGAGUAUGCUUACAAUGGAACAGAUAAUCAAGUAAGUAAGGCAUUCCCCGUCGAUGCCUCGGUAGGACGCGACAUGCUGUUUCAGCUGAAGACAAGCGCUUUGAAGCACACUGUGUCUGCCCCAUACCUGGUGCGACCUGAUGGAACCGAAGUAAAAACGGCGACCUUUGAUCCGUUUACCGGGAGUUGGGCCAUAAAGGUCCCCCUGGCUGAGCCCGGAAGAUGGAAGUGGACAGCCAGUCUGUCAGGCGACAAAAAACAUUACAUCCAAGUAGACGUUACAGCCAAGGCAAGAAACCCAGACAUCCUACCUAUCUUCGCGAAAGCUUGGGCAAGUUCCGGAUCAAGUGGUGUUGACGCAACUGUUUCUCCAGUUAUUGUAUAUGCAGAAGUGAAACAGGGCAGCAACCCUGUUAUUGGUGCAACAGUCAGGACGUACAUUAGCCACACAAGCACUCCAGACGAGGCGAUAGACCUGGAUCUCUUGGAUAAUGGCCAAGGUGCUGACUCCCAGGCUGGCGAUGGUAUUUACUCCCGCUAUCUCACAGAGUACCCUUUCACUGGCAGAUAUAUUGUCAGGGCUCAGGCAUGGAACAACGGCAGCGCCUCAUCAACAGCGGAUUCAAAGCCAACCGCGCAGCUCACCGACGCCACACUAGAGCUGUCCCGGCCAAUUCACUUGAGAUGCCGGAGUACUGCUGUGGCUCCAAAGUUCCCUUCAACGCAGAGACAGCCGAGUCUGCUGGGGAGUUCAGCCGCUUUGUCGCAGCCGGAUCCAUUCAGUUCUUUUUCCCACAUAAACCUCCAAGGCGUAGAUAAUCAAGAGCGUUUAUUACAGGUGACCAAAAUCCCGGAAACUGGUGAUGUACUACCGCCCUCUCGCGUCACAGAUCUGCAGGUGGCUGGAACCUACGAAGACAGUCUUACCCUCACCUGGACUGCUACUGGCGAUGAUCUCGACUCAGGAAUAGUGUCCCGGUACGAAAUCCGCCUCAGCAGUAAUGACAGCGACUUACUUGACAUUGAUGCCGAGAACAUGACACUUCUGACUUUCGAAGAGUCAGUCCAGAAGCCGGAACUGUUUGUCGUCGCUGGUGAAACGGUUAAUGUUACGCUGGAUUUGGAAGAGAGCAUUGAAAUUGGAAAGGUGUAUUACCUGACGCUGCGAGCCUCAGACGAUGUUGGAAAGUUGAGCUCCUUCUCGAACGUGGCCACAGUCUUCCUAGUGCACGAACCGGCGGAAGAAGGGCUUGCAAUGUGGAUCAUCAUCUCCAUUGCAGUUGCAGUCCUCAUCGCCGUGAUUGCAGUCAUUGCUUGCGUGCUUGUGUCCGGGAGAAGAGAGGGAGUUCGGGUCCCCGUGGAAAAUCCGGAUUGGUGAUUCAGACUUUUCAUGUCUUGAUUGAUUAACGGAUUUAUUAUUAUUAUCAUUGUUAUUAUUAUUAUUAUCAUUAUUAUUAUUAUUAUUAUUAUUAUCAUUAUUAUUAUUAUUAUUAUUAUUACUAUCAUUAUCAUUAUUAUUAUUAGUAGU